CAAAUUAGAAGAGUGUUCCCCACAAAAAGUCAAAAACAAUUAAACAAAGAUAGAGAGAAUCUGUGAAAAAGCUGUUGUCAAAAGAAGAAGGAAGAGAGCCAUCAAUGGCGUUCAAUAUCAUAACACCUGGUCGUGUUUAUUCAGCCACGUCUCUCACUUUCGCUUCCACCAUUAAAUCUGCUUUCGUUAAACGUUCUCUCUCUCUCAAAACCACCACCGGAUUUGCUUCGUCUCCGUCUCAUCUUAAAGUCCUCCUCCGUCGAGGUUUUCACGGUGGUCGUAUUGUGGCAAUGGGUUCUUCUGCUCCUGAAUCUGUCAAUAAGCCGGAAGAAGAGUGGCGUGCGAUUCUUUCUCCUGAGCAAUUUAGGAUUCUCAGACAGAAAGGCACUGAAUAUCCAGGAACAGGAGAAUACAACAAACUAUUCGACGACGGUAUCUAUUGUUGUGCAGGAUGUGGAACUCCUCUCUACAAAUCUACCACCAAAUUCGAUUCCGGUUGUGGCUGGCCAGCUUUCUUUGACUGGACUCCCCGGAGCUAUAAACCGAACUAUGGGAGACGAAUCGAGAUCACAUGUGCAGCUUGUGGAGGACACCUCGGUCAUGUUUUUAAAGGAGAAGGUUUCCCUACUCCUACCGAUGAGCGACACUGUGUAAACAGUAUCUCUCUCAAGUUCACACCAGAGAACCCAACCCUGUAAUAAUAUGAUCAGAAAAAAACAUGUAAUAAAUAAUAUGGUUGUGUUGUGUGAUGCUUCUCUGUCUCUCUCGUACUGUGUUUUUGUCUUUUGUCGGUGAGACUAGUGUUUAGUUUUGAUGGCUAAUAAUAAGGGCGCUGAAUU